AUGGAAGGAGCUGUCGACGAAUUCGGUAGAAGCUGUCGCCAACUCCAGAUGCUCGCCGUUGAGGUCGACGUGAAGCCGCCAUUGAGCGCGAUUAGUUUGGUGAUCGACUCAAUCGGCCUCGAACAGAACUCGCAGAAUAAAUGCAAUGGUUGUCAUGAGCAAAUCUAUGACAGAUACGUUCUUAAAAUGGAUCAUAAAUCUUAUCACGAGGGUUGUGUGAAGUGCUCGGUUUGCGAUGUGCCGCUCAUCGACAAAUGCUUCUCAAAGAAUGGACGCAUUUUUUGCCAUCAACAUUAUUAUAAAGAUUACAGUGUUCAUUGUUGCGCUGGAUGUAAAAAAGGGAUAUCUCCAAGCGACAUGGUUUACAAAUUGAAGGCUGGUUUAGUGUUCCACGUGGCAUGUCACUGCUGUUCAAUGUGCGGACGCCAACUGGCACCUGGCGAGCAGAUUCUGGUUGAUGAGACGAUCCAGACGGUUUCCUGCAUGAGCCAUUAUCCGCCAGUUUCUGAUAAUUUGUGUGAUAUGCCAUCGUGCUCUACGGAUCCGCCGCCGCAGCAACAGCAACACUAUUCUAACGAAGAUCCAAAUUUUCCUGUGUUCGAUGUGAAAAAGGAGGUCGAUCCAUAUGGCUACAACUUCGAGCAUUAUUCAUUUUCCGAUUUUUGCGACGAAGAUUCGAGAAUGCUUAAAAGACGCGGGCCACGUACCACCAUCAAGCAAAAUCAACUUGAUGUUCUCAACGAGAUGUUCCUAAAUACUCCAAAACCAUCAAAACAUGCUCGUGCGAAACUUGCCCUGGAAACAGGUUUAAGUAUGAGAGUGAUACAAGUGUGGUUUCAAAACCGUCGAAGCAAAGAGCGCCGUUUGAAGCAUCUGUGCAAUUAUUUGAGGCAUUAUGAGCAGCGUGGCCUGAUUCCGCCGCCAAUUCGAUUCCGAAAUGAUGAGGUCGAAGGCGCCGAAUUCAACAACUUCAUGAGCAAUUUCGAGGAAGACGAUGAUGAGGAUUAA